UGCCGCGGCGCCGGAGCCCGAGGAGGCUGCAGCCCACAUCUCCCCAGCGACCCCCGGCGCCCGCCAGCCGCGCCGAGGCCCGGGCCACACCUCACCGGCUGCUGGGCCCAUCCCAGUCAGCCCCGCGCCGAACCCCGUCCGCGCGCGCCGGGGAGCCGCGUCCCCGCCGCUGCCGCCGCGACCCUUGGCGCCUGCCCCUGCGCCGGGAGGUCUGCAGGGAACUGGCCAGGCAAGGGGGCAGGCCCUUUUCUCCUGGUGGUUGGUGCCUUGCAGCAGCAGCGGGAGCCAGGACUAAGGACAAGCGGGAGCUGGGAGCCCCAGCCCUACUGCAGGCCCCACCAUGGCACCAUUCCUGCGCAUCGCCUUCAACUCCUACGAGCUGGGCUCCCUGCAGGCUGAGGAUGAGGUGAACCAGCCCUUCUGUGCCGUGAAGAUGAAGGAGGCACUCAGCACAGAGCGUGGGAAAACACUGGUGCAGAAGAAGCCGACCAUGUAUCCUGAGUGGAAGUCGACAUUCGAUGCCCACAUCUACGAGGGGCGCGUCAUCCAGAUCGUGCUAAUGCGGGCAGCAGAGGAGCCAGUGUCUGAGGUGACCGUGGGUGUGUCGGUGCUGGCUGAGCGCUGCAAGAAGAACAACGGCAAGGCUGAGUUCUGGCUGGACCUGCAGCCUCAGGCCAAGGUGUUGAUGUCUGUUCAGUAUUUCCUGGAGGACGUGGAUUGCAAACAGUCUAUGCGCAGUGAGGACGAGGCCAAGUUCCCAACGAUGAACCGCCGCGGAGCCAUCAAACAGGCCAAAAUCCACUACAUCAAGAACCAUGAGUUUAUUGCCACCUUCUUUGGGCAACCCACCUUCUGUUCUGUGUGCAAAGACUUUGUCUGGGGCCUCAACAAGCAAGGCUACAAAUGCAGGCAAUGUAACGCUGCCAUCCACAAGAAAUGCAUCGACAAGAUCAUCGGCAGAUGCACUGGCACCGCGGCCAACAGCCGGGACACUAUAUUCCAGAAAGAACGCUUCAACAUCGACAUGCCGCACCGCUUCAAGGUUCACAACUACAUGAGCCCCACCUUCUGUGACCACUGCGGCAGCCUGCUCUGGGGACUGGUGAAGCAGGGAUUAAAGUGUGAAGACUGUGGCAUGAAUGUGCACCAUAAAUGCCGGGAGAAGGUGGCCAACCUCUGCGGCAUCAACCAGAAGCUCCUGGCUGAGGCCUUGAACCAAGUCACCCAGAGAGCCUCCCGGAGAUCAGACUCGGCCUCCUCAGAGCCUGUUGGGAUAUAUCAGGGUUUCGAGAAGAAGACCGGAGUUGCCGGGGAGGACACGCAAGACAACAGUGGGACCUACGGCAAGAUCUGGGAGGGCAGCAGCAAGUGCAACCUCAACAACUUCAUCUUCCACAAGGUCCUGGGCAAAGGCAGCUUCGGGAAGGUGCUGCUUGGAGAGCUGAAGGGCAGAGGAGAGUACUUUGCCAUCAAGGCCCUCAAGAAGGAUGUGGUCCUGAUCGACGACGAUGUGGAAUGCACCAUGGUUGAGAAGCGGGUGCUGACACUCGCCGCGGAGAAUCCCUUUCUCACCCACCUCAUCUGCACCUUCCAGACCAAGGACCACCUGUUCUUUGUGAUGGAGUUCCUCAACGGGGGGGACCUGAUGUACCACAUCCAGGACAAAGGCCGCUUUGAACUCUACCGUGCCACGUUUUAUGCCGCUGAGAUAAUGUGUGGACUGCAGUUUCUACACAGCAAGGGCAUCAUUUACAGGGACCUCAAACUGGACAAUGUGCUGCUGGACCGGGAUGGCCACAUCAAGAUUGCCGACUUUGGGAUGUGCAAAGAGAACAUAUUCGGGGAGAACCGGGCCAGCACCUUCUGCGGCACCCCUGACUAUAUCGCCCCUGAGAUCCUACAGGGCCUGAAGUACACAUUCUCUGUGGACUGGUGGUCUUUCGGGGUCCUUCUAUACGAGAUGCUCAUUGGCCAGUCCCCCUUCCAUGGUGAUGAUGAGGAUGAACUCUUCGAGUCCAUCCGUGUGGACACGCCACAUUAUCCCCGCUGGAUCACCAAGGAGUCCAAGGACAUCCUGGAGAAGCUCUUUGAAAGGGAACCAACCAAGAGGCUGGGAGUGACCGGAAACAUCAAAAUCCACCCCUUCUUCAAGACCAUAAACUGGACUCUGCUGGAAAAGCGGAGGUUGGAGCCACCCUUCAGGCCCAAAGUGAAGUCCCCCAGAGACUACAGCAACUUCGACCAGGAGUUCCUGAACGAGAAGGCGCGCCUCUCCUACAGCGACAAGAACCUCAUCGACUCCAUGGACCAGUCUGCAUUCGCCGGCUUCUCCUUUGUGAACCCCAAAUUCGAGCACCUCCUGGAAGAUUGAGGUUCCUGGACAGAUCAGGCCAGCCCCGCCCUCCACCCACACCUGCCCGCUCCCCACGAUAAGCACCAGUGGGACUGUGGUGACUUCUGCUGCUGGCCCCGCCCCUGCCCCCAGAGAGUCCGUGGCUCCCGUCUGGCCGGGCUCUCAUGGUACUUCCUCUGUGAACUGUGUGUGAAUCUGCUUUUCCUCUGCCCUCGGAGGGAAAUUGUAAAUCCUGUGUUUCAUUACUUGAAUGUAGUUAUCUAUUGAAAAUAUAUAUUAUAUAUAUAGACAUAUAUAUAUAUAAUAGGCUGUAUAUAUUGCUCAGUAGAGAAAAACCAUGGGGGACUGGUGAUAUGUUGAUCUUUUUCAAAAAAAUAUAUAUAUGACAAAAAAAAAAAAAAAAAAGGAGCACAAGCUGUUUGAACCAGCAGGUUCUUUUAUUUGUGUGUCUAAAUAAACACCAAAUGGUACCAA